AUGGAAAGAGUACAUCGUAUUUGUACGAUCCAAGUUCCUCCCAACUUAACACGACAAAGUCUCAUGGAACAGCUCCGGCUCAUGGCUUAUGUCAAAGGGAAACCGGAACCGAUCGCUAACGUGAGAAUGACAAUCAAGCUCACUAUUACGAAAGAAUUGAUUAGCAAAUCCUAUUCGAUUCCACACAAUCUCAAACCAGCGGCAAAGCUAGAGAUUAAACGACUCCUUGACGAAGGAAUAAUAGUGCCAGCCACUACAGAAAGUUACGCAUGCGCAGCCUUCCCCAUCUACAAGAGGAACGGUAGCAUCCGACUUAUAAUCGACUACAGGCCUAUCAACGCUCAUACGCAGCCGAUAGCCUACCCCUUUCCAAAAAUAGAAGAGGUAAUCAAAGACAUCCCCGACAGUGCUGUCUUUACACAGAUUGACCUUAGACAAGGUUAUCAUCAGAUUGAAGUAGAGCCAGAGUCGCGACAAUAUACGGCCUUCUUUUUCAACAAUCGACAUUACGAGUACACUCGUGUUCCUUUUGGACUCAAGAACGCAACACGUUUCUUCCAGAAGACGAUACAAGGCAUUAUCGGCGAUUUUGACUUCGCUAAAGUCCUUUUAGAUGACAUCCUCGUACAUUCCAAGACGGAAGAGGAACACAUUCGUCAUUUCUACCAAAUCAUGAUAUUGCUCCACAACAACAACGUCAUUAUCAACUUUGACAAAAGUAACUUCUUCCAACAAUCGGUAACUUACUUAGGACAUAUCAUAGAUAAAGAUGGUGUACGCGCCAGUCUCGAACGAGUCAAAGAACUGGAGCACAUUCAAACUCCACGGACUCGAAAAGAUGUUCAAAAGAUCAUCGGACUUUUCAACUGGUUUAGACCAUUCAUCCCCGGAUUGAGUGAACUAAUUCUUCCAUUAACUGAUCUUACACACAAGAUGUCAGCGAAGAAGAAUCCUCCCAUACGAUGGACGGAUCACCAUGAAAGCAUACGGCUACAAGUCCUAGAGAUUAUCAGAAAAGGUAUUCUACUCAGUAGACCGGAUCCAUCAAAACCCUUUACGCUUCUAGCCGACGCCUCAAACUACAGUAUUGGCGCCGGACUGACACAAGGACAAAAGCUCAUUGGACUAUACAGUGCCAAACUUUCCAAAUCUAAACGGAAUUACACAACCGAGGAAAAAGAGCUGUUCGCUAUCAUCAAAGCCCUAGAACACUUUAGGAAUAUCGUUUUCUUAUCAGACGUUACGGUCGAAACCGAUCACAAGAACCUGCUUAAUCACAGAGCUUUAGACAAAAGCCGAGCAGAACGAUGGAAAUCCGCACUAAUGGAGUAUCAACUGGACUGGAAGUACAUUCAGGGAAGCAAUAAUACGCUAGCCGAUUUCCUCUCAAGGGAAAUUUGGAAGAUGCGAUGCCAGAAGCGUCAUAGGUAUUUGGUUUCAGUCUGCAGAUGA